CGAGCAACUGAAGGACCGACACAAUGGGCACCCCGCACAAAGUCGUCAUCACAAACGUCCGUGUAUUCGAUGGCCGCGACCUCACCUCGCCGACCGACAUAACAUUUUCCGACGGCCUCAUCGUCGGUAAUGACAGCGACGCCAGCGGUGCUGAAGUUGUCGACGGCACAGGCCGCUUCCUUUUCCCCGGGUUCAUCGACUCCCACGUCCACCUCAGCGGCGCGCGGCACCAGCUCGAGCAGCUUGCCGACUACGGGGUCACGUCCGCCCUGGGGAUGGGAGAAUGGUUCCCGGAAAAGGUAAACGCCCUGCGUGGGAGCGCCGGGUUGACGGACAUCCUGAGCGCGGGCAUACCGGCGACGACUCCAGGGAGCCUGCACAGCAAGAUGCUGCCCAUAGACUCGCGCGCGUUCGUCACGGGCCCCGCGGAUGCGCCGCGCUUCGUGAGGGACCGGCUCGCGCAGGGCGCCGAUCACAUCAAGAUCGUCGCCGACGCGCCGGGCCCGAGCCAGGAGACGGUCAACGCGCUCGUCGCGGCGGCACACGACCAGGGGAAGCUCGUGGUCACGCAUGCGGCAACCUACCUGCCCUUCAGCAUGGCACUGGAGGCACGUCCGCGCCCGGACUUCAUCACUCAUGUGCCGCGCGACAAGGUGCUGGACGAAGACGAGGCGCGCAAGAUGGCUGAGGCGCAGCAAGUGUCCAUCCCGACGCUCGCGAUGAUGGCCAGCAUCUGCUCGCCCCUGCCGUGGAGCGCGAUCCUCCGCGUGCUACUCCAUCCGUCGCUGCUCCUGACGGUGCUGAAGAGCCGAAGGUUCUUUGCUGGGGCGGAGUCGUAUGAGAAUUCCGUAGCUUCGGUACAGCAGCUACAUCGCGCGGGCGUCAAGAUCUUGGUCGGCACGGACUCCAACGAGGAGGAGGACUCGCCGUUUACGAUCCCUCACGGCGAAUCCAUACACCGUGAGAUGGAACUGCUGGUCGAGGCCGGGCUCGCCAUCACGGAUGUACUUAGGGGUGUAACGGUCCUACCUGCUGAGUGUUUCGGGCUGAAGAAUCGGGGAGUCAUCGAGCCGGGAAGACGAGCCGAUCUGGUCCUGCUCAAGGAGAAUCCGCUUGAAAACAUCCGCGCGACGAGGCAAAUUGAGAGGGUGUGGUGCGGAGGAAUCGAGCGUGUGAGGGCGUUGUAAUCUGCAUUCAUUCACACUAUGUAUGGCUCAAGAGCAAUUAAUGACAAUCUCC